UUUCUUGUGACAAAAGUCCAGGAUGCCAGAGCGUAACCCUGCAUCCUUUAAAUAUAUUAAGGAUAUACCAUAUCAACCAGAAAGAUUCUCACAAUUCAACCUGAAUAUCAGACAACACCCUGAACAAGCCAGAUUAAGCACAGGAAAUGAAAGGGAACGACGAGUCAUCGAACCUCCUCCAAUUGUGCAAAUAAGCUUGAAUGGUGUUUCAGCUGAAAACGAAGGCAACUGGCUACAAAGUCCAAACUACUUUAUGUGUGCUAACUUGGUGCAUCCAACGAACGAUUCAAAAGUCUAUACACCGCACCAUCCCGCCUUAGCCGGUCAAGUGGUAUCGGCCAUGUAUAAGUUGAAAGACAUCGACAAUCAAGAUGGCGCUUAUUGUGUCUUCGGAGACUUAUCAGUCAAAGCAGAAGGCGAGUUUCGUCUCAAGUUUACUCUGUUUAAAAUUCAAGACGCCAAGGUCAUCAACGUUAUGUCUAUCAUAUCCUCUCCAUUUAUGAUAUAUACUGCAAAGGCUUAUCCAGGUGCCAUGGAGCCAACUUUCUUGUCUCGUUCUUUCUAUGAUCAAGGAGCUCGCAUUCGUAUUCGUAAAGAAAAUAGUCUGCAAACGUCAAAUAAACGAAAAGCACAAUGUGAAGUAGCCAGCAAUCGUCAAAACAGGCAUAGACAGUCGGGUCAGGACAGUCCCCAUUACAUGCAUUCCUCGCCCUCCGUAUCUCCGCCUCUGUCGCACGGCUCUCCAACAGAAGCUUUCAGCCCUAGUCUAUUCCCUACCAUCACCUCGUCUGGCAGCCCACAUUCAAGCCAUGGUAGUGCCAGAGCCAGUGAUGGCUGGCAUCCAACCAUAGGCACUCCCACGUCUGCACCACUGUCGCCAUUUCCUUCUCCUCCACUCUGUACGUUGAAAGAGAUAACCUCAACUGGCCAUUAUCCUCGACACGAAUUGCCAAUACUACCGCCGUUGAGAAAUUUGCCUCAUGGUCAUGUAUUGCCACCACCCGGAUUGCUUUCACUUUCUGAAACAGUCCAUCAUUCUAGACGUAUGGCUUGAACAUAUUCAAUCUGUCUUUCUUGUAUCAUAUUUUUUCUCCCCUCUCUAGGGUUACAACAUGUAGCCCUGUCAUUUUUUUGUACAUGAAAAUGUCUAUACGCUCGGAUAUACCCGUAUAUAGAAAAAAUCAACAAAAACGUUUAAAUUGCAGCACAACAGCGAUUGUUCAAUGGCCCAACAA